CCACCACCAUCAUUACCUCAUUUCGCUCGCUCACUCACUCCUCUCUUCCUCCGUCCGCGCAACGAAACCAAUUAUCAAAAACUAUUGCCAUCAAUCGUUCCCUAAAGGAGGGUCACUCUCUUUGCCUAAAAGCAAGACUAAAGGGGUGGUGAUAGAUAUUUUACCUUCUCUUCAGCAGGAAAUUAUUUUUUCGAUUGGUGGUGAAGGUGCGAGGAGGGAUUCAAAGACGCCACACAAAAAAAGACAUCGACAUGGCGAACACACUGGUUCCAUUUUUAGAGAAGACGGUAUCGCCAGAUCAAAAUGAACUCACCAGUGCACAACAGUUUUUGGAACAGGCGGCAGCGACUAAUUUUCCUGAAUAUGUUCGCACAUUAUCCGAAGUUUUGGCGACAGUUGGGCACAGUUCAGUGGCUCGAAUGGCAUCUGGCCUCCAGCUCAAAAAUCUUCUUACGUCGAAGGACUCUGCUAUGAAGGGCCAGUAUCAGCAGAGGUGGCUAAUGCUGGCGGACGAUAUUCGAGCCUAUGUUAAAAAGAAUGUUUUGGGAGCACUUGGCACUGAAACUACAAGACCAAGUUCUGCAGCCCAGUGUGUGGCUUAUAUUGCUGUUACAGAACUAAGUCAAAAUCAAUGGCCAGAAGUCAUAUCUUAUCUCGUGAACAAUGUCACGCAAGGAUCUGCUGUUCCCAAUGGGGAACUUAUGAAGGAAGCCUCGCUUGAAGCCAUCGGAUACAUUUGUGCAGAUAUUGAACCCGAGAUUUUAAUGACUCAGAGCAAUCACAUUUUAACGGCUAUCGUCCAUGGAAUGAAGCGGGAUGAACCUUCCAACAAAGUUCGACUAGCUGCCACGAAUGCACUUUUAAAUUCUCUAGAAUUUACAAAGUCAAACUUUGAUAAUGAGCAAGAACGACACUACAUUAUGCAAGUCGUUUGUGAAGCCACCCAGUGUGAAGAUACCAACGUAAAGGUCGCCGCUUUGCAAUGUCUGGUGAAGAUUAUGUCGCUCUACUACCAACACAUGGAAUUUUACAUGAAACAUGCCUUGUUUGCCAUCACAAUGGAUGCAAUGCGAUCUGACGUGGACGAGGUUGCACUCCAGGGAAUUGAAUUUUGGUCAAACGUUUGUGACGAAGAAGUCGAUUUGGCAAUUGAACUCAGUGAGGCCCAAGAAUUGGGUCGACCACCACAACGAACUUCUCGCUUUUAUGCUAAAGGAGGACUCCAAUUCUUGGUGCCUUUGUUGUUGGAAGCUCUCACUAAACAGGAGCUUGUGGACGAUGAUGAUGAUUGGAAUCCGUGUAAAGCGGCCGGAGUUUGUCUAAUGCUGUUUACAAAUUGUUGCGAGGACGCCAUCAUUCCACACGUUAUUCCCUUCGUUCAAACCAAUAUUAAACAUGAAAACUGGAGAUUCCGCGACGCUGCGGUCAUGGCCUUUGGUUGCAUUAUGGAAGGCCCAGACCCAACGUCCAUGAAACCGUUGGCUGAGGACGCCCUUCCUACACUGAUAUCCCUGAUGAGCGAUGAGAACGUGGUUGUUCGUGAUACGACGGCAUGGGCCCUUGGAAGGAUUUGCGAGGUCGUGUCGGAUGCAGCCCUAACUGCUUCUCACUUGCCACCCCUGUUGACUGCACUCGUUGCUGCGCUGCAGGCUGAACCUCGUGUGGCGGCCAAUGCAUGCUGGGCCUUGAGUAGUCUGGCUGAAGCAGCGUAUGAGACAUCGCUGGAAAACAGGGUUGAUGAUUCCAAAGAUCCAGAUACGUACUUGUUGUCAAGCUUCUUCCGACCAAUUGUUGAAAAGCUGUUAGCCACCACGGACAGAGCGGAUGGUGGGCAAGCCAACUUGAGACCAGCUGCUUACGAAGCACUUAUGGAAAUGAUAAAGAAUUCUCCACGUGACUGCUAUGAAACUGUACAGCACACAACCUUGGUUAUUUUAGAACGACUUCGAACGGUGCUCGUGAUGGAGAAUCAUGCCAAUGGAGGAGACAGAACUCAGUACAAUGAGCUACAGAGUUCAUUGUGUGCAACCCUGCAAAUCGUGCUUAGGAAGGUGUCUCCUCAAGAUGCACCCAAAAUAUCAGAUGCUGUUAUGAAUGCACUGCUUCAAAUGCUCAGUGGCCCCGGUGGACGAUCUGGAGGUGUUCAAGAAGACGCACUUAUGGCCAUCUCUACACUCACAGAAGUCAUGGGCGAAGGGUUCAUAAAGUACAUGGAUUCGUUCCAGCCUUUCCUCAUCACAGGAUUGCAGAACGUUAGCGAAAGCGCGGUUUGCUCUGCCGCAGUCGGCGUGAGUGGAGAUAUUUGCCGAUCUCUGGGCAAUAAAGCACUUCCCUAUUGCGAUGAUAUUAUGACCCUGUUGCUACAGAAUUUAGGGAAUGCCAACGUACAGCGAUCGGUAAAACCUCAAAUAUUAUCUGUUCUCGGCGAUGUGGCUCUGGCAAUAGGACCAGAGUUCAAAAAAUAUCUUGAGGUAGUGUUGCAAACCCUUAUGCAAGCUUCACAGGCGCAAGUUGAUAGGACUGACUAUGAAAUGGUCGAUUAUUUGUGUGAGCUCCGAGAAGGAGUUCUAGAAGCUUAUACCGGAAUAAUUCAGGGGCUUCGUGGAGAUGCGGCGUGUUCUGUUAAUCCUGGCGGAGCUGUGACGCCGGAUUUGACACUAAUUGAAAGUCAUCUGCCCUACAUGGCUCAGUUCUUGUGUGAAGUUGCAAGAGAUACAGAUAAGUCUGAUGGCAACAUUGCCGCCGCCGCUGGUUUAGUGGGCGAUCUCUUGGUUGGUUAUGGCGCCAAAAUUAUGCCGUUAAUGGAUAACGACGUGAUAAACGAAGUCCUCACUCUUGGCAGACGAUCGAAAACGAACAAGACGAAGAUGUUGGCCACUUGGGCAACAAAGGAAUUGCGAAAAUUAAAGAAUCAUACGUCUGCCGCCGCGAGUUGAUGAACUAAAUGGAACACGCCAAAUGGAGUCUGUUUGGAGGAGCGCUGGGUGAAUGACGAGAAUAUUGGGAAUGUGUGAUUAUGUCGUGCGUGCGAUGAGCAAGCGAUCCUCUUCAAAGUUCAAAACUCGAACCUAUAAUGUCGAGUUUUUAUAUAAUCUAUAUGAACGUAAAAUACUUUACUUUUACUUUAUCAUCUAUCGUCGAUAUUACCCAAAAAUAUUUGUAUGAAAUUUUUUGAAUGAAUGCUAGUUUGAACUGUGUGAUAUUGUACGAGUAAGACACGUCUGUAUGCGCUCCGACCGAAGUCCUAAUAAACAGCGUUUCUGAAAAUA